UGUCUGUGCAUUGAACGCUGGAGAUCAUUGAUGCUUUGGUGCGACUUGCUUUUCAGCUGAUCCUCCAACCCGACAGCCUGGAUGUUUCGAGAAGGUCCUGGAUGCCUCGUGGGAAUCCUAUGAAGAGCUCCACCGAUGGUCUCGUGGAAUCAUGGUGCCUUUCAAAGAGGUUCUUUCUGAAGUGAGGAAGGUCCUGCAGGAGGAGAACCUCCUUCCUUCACUUCUUGCCCAGCUUGUAGAGGCUCAGAUCUUCUCAGCUCAGUACUACCAGACCUUUAUUUCGGAGAAUCUGUGCGAUGUGGAUGUAGAUGAAAUGGCAAGGAGACUCGCGCUCCCUGUUUGGGAGAAAUGGGAUGCCAGUAAAGUCAUCCUCUCCUCAGUGCUCAUGGAGAAUGAGCCAGAGAACCAUGAACCUGAAGACAUCAUGACUAAUGUGGAUCAAGGGGAAACACCUCCUGACCGGUUACUGGACCUCAUCGUCUCCACUCCGCUUGAAGAAUUUCCAUUUGAAGAAUUUCUCGACACGAGUUACUCAGAUGACGUCUGGGACGCUGUCGCAGAUGGACUAGAAGAUAAAGCCACACUGGUUUGUGAAGUUUACGACAAGAUCUCACCUGCCCGAAAAGUGCGCAAAAGGAAGCGUGGAGAUGUUGGACGAGGAUCAGAGAAAACACCUCGCUCUAAACGCAGUAAAAGAAGUCUCAUCCCGUCAUCACCCCCAAAGAGAUGUGAAACAGCCCCUGGGUUCACUACGACUGUGCAGGAAGGGGAUUUCCACAAAAAUGACGUGUCCUCACUUAUUCAUUUCCCAUUAACGAUAGCCACCACUGCCUCUCUGAUGCCAUCUGGUGCACCAGGAAUGCAAAUCAUACAAACAUUCAAUCCUCUUUCUUCUCCGGUCAUUAAAAGCAUUCUUCCAGUUGGCCACACCUACGUUUUGGUUUCACCUCAGUCUCUGACUCCAGUGCCGGUACCACAGAUCGCCCCUCUGUCACCUCUGGACGGUACAGUGGCUCCUUUAGAGCUCAGCAUGUUCAUCCAACCUGCAAGCUCGUUAUCGGACAGUGCGAGUCGGAGUCGGUCUCCGUCCCAAUCGGCUCCUGUUUCACCCUCAGAAGAAAAACCACCCACCAAGGAGCAUCUUCCUGCAACCCAGGACAUCAAGAAGAUGCCAGUGAUACCAGAAAAUGUUCAAAACUUUAUCAAGCGUUUUAAAUCCCACCUCGGAGAAACGUGCAGCGUGAUGCAAGAAGGAAUGAGCAUGGAAUCGCACUACAUAGACACGCCGCUGGUGCAGAGGAAGCUUAUUAUCAGGACCGGCAAGAACGCAAACAAAUGUCUGGAGAAGGAACUCGUGGUGCUCAGUGACUCCGAGCGGACGAAAGGUAUGAUGCACAGGAGCCAUGUUUUCCAGAACUGUGGGUCCAACAACAAACACCUAAUCACCGUCCUCGGGAAAGCCGGCAUGGGAAAAAGCACUUUAAUCCAGCGCUUGGCCUUGGACUGGUCCAGCGGUGGCCUUCAACAGUUCCAGUUUAUCUUUUUACUAAAUUGCAAGGUUCUCGAUCUGACUCAGACCUGCUUCAGUUUGAAGAGUUUGCUUCUCGACUCGUCCACGUGUCCUCGGUGUGACGAUCCAGAAGCCGUCUUCAAACACGUCCUCGCCUUCCCGGAGAACGUCCUCGUAGUCUUCGACAGUUUCGAUGAAUUGAAGGACCUCGAAGGGCUCCUUCAGUCACCUGCUACCUCGCCCACGGAUGGAAACUACAGUGUCAGGCAGCUGUUUUCCGGUUUGUUCCAAAAAAGGAUCCUGUCAGGUUGCACGGUUUUAAUCGUCACCCGACCCAAAGACGUCUUGAACCAGCUUCUGCGUAAAGUAGACCGGAUCUUGGAGAUAUGUUGCUUUUCUCCGAAGGACAUAGAAACGUACGUGUCAAACUAUUUUGCGGACGAAUCAGAGAAAGAGGAUACACUAAAAAAAAUAAAAAAACAGAAGUACAUUUUCAGCUUAUGCUCGAACCCUUUGCUGUGUCGCCUUACAUGCUUUUUGGCGAAGCAUCAGACGAGCAGCGGUUUACCUUCGACUCUUACGGAUUUAUACCAAAGAGUGCUUAGCCGGUGUCUUGAGCCGAACGAUGACCUUCAGGGAUCCAGACAGGAUUUCGUGAAGUUGUGCAACGUAGCAUGGGAUGGAUUUAAGACUCAAAACUCCCUUUUAGACCAAAAUCAAAACCAAAACUUGCUAGACUACGGUCUGAGCUCCGGGAUACUCAUGACGCAUUCGCUAAACGUAGAACAGAGCAACAGCAAGGUGACUUAUUUUGCUAAUCUUUUUGUGCAGAACCUUCUGAGUGCUUUGUUUUUGGUGCAUUCCAGAGAGUUGAACGAUAAAACACUGCUGGCACAGACCACACUCCACCAACGGAAGAAGAAGUUUCAGGGAGAAUGGCAGAACCUGCUUCAGCAGUUCACAAUGGGAUUACUCUUCCAGAAAAACUCUCCUCCUUGCUGUAGGGUUUUCCAAAACAAUGCUGACCUCCAGCCAAAGAGAAAAGCAGUGGAAGUCCAUCUGGAGAAUCUGAAGCCGGGUGAGCUGAUCCCCAGCAGGUUACUGGAACUGUUUCACUGUGUGUACGAGGCCAAAAAUGUCAAACUCGCCAAACUUCUGGUCAAAAACCUUCCUGACAAUCUGUCGUUUUGUGGAGCUCAGCUCUCUCCAGUGGACCACUAUGUGGUUUGGCAUCUUCUCUCACAAACCAAAGGGCUGAAGCGGACGUUCUCCGUCGACUUGAGGGACACGUGUGUUCCUCUCGGUGGUCUCAAAGAGCUGGUCACGCUGGACAUCGUGGCAUCGUUCCGGGCACCUACGAUGGACACCAUUAACCUGUGGGAGGAUCUGCAUCGCAGCAGCGAUCAACCCAGUUUGAAAAACAGCAUCAAAAAGUUUACUAUAAAUCCUCUGAAGGUGUCGCAGGUGUCUCAUGUGGAGAACCUGGUGGUUCUUGUACAAAUCCACAAGGAGAAGAAGCUGCCGUUAUGCGAGGUCGAGUCGGCUCUGGAAGACGGCGUUCCUGCAGUGAGACAUCUUCACAAGCUGGAGUAUGAGCUCGGUCAGCAGCACAACCCUGAGGUUUUCCUCCAGCUGGUGGAGAUCUUACCUGCUCUUCAGUCUCUACAUCACCUGGAUCUGGAGAAUAACAAAAUGGGAGAUGAUGAAGCUGCGCAGUUAGCUGGUGUCCUGAGCUCACUGUCGUCUCUGAAGCUGCUGAAUCUUUCUCAGAACUGUAUCGGAGACGGCGGAGUGCGGCGACUGUCUGAGACGCUGCCGUCCGCGUCCUCGCUGCAGAGCCUCAGUCUGUAUGGGAACGUGAUCGGGGACGGCGGAGCUGAGAGCCUGGCGGCGGUUUUACCGCUCAUGACGUCUCUGCUGGACCUGGAUGUAAAGUACAACAAGUUCACAGACGUCGGAGCCAAAAAGCUCGGCGCUGCGUUAAAGAACUCAUCGAGUGUGACAUCUCUUCAAAUGUGGAACGACUGUAUUCCUUUUGGAGUUUUGGAUCAUCUUCAGAUUCAAGACUGCAGGAUAAAUUAAGACACUUUGAUUCAGCAUUAAACUAAAAAACAAACAAACAAACAAACAAACAAA